ACUGAUAUUUGUUUGUCUAAAUAAUGUUUGUUUUGUUAUUCGUUUCGUGUCGUUGAAAUCUCGUAGCGCUAAAUAUUAGCUAAAAAGUAAAAAUAUAAUAAAUAUAAUAGUAAUACAAGACAAAUCGCGCGUUGAACUGAUUCUGAAUCGCUGGCAUUUAACUUCCCACCAAGGAUAAUCAUUGUGCAAAAUGUGCGACGAAGGUGUUCAUUUAGACCACCAUGUCCACUUCGACGCGGCCACGGUGAAGGAUGACUUCGAAUCGGACAGCUGUGUGACAUAUCAACGGUCGGGCGACACGAUCGCGGUUAGCCUGGGCUUCCUGCAGAUCAACCAUCGCUACCUGAUCGACCUGAAGCUGCCGACGACGCUGUUCGGGGAUGCGGGAAAGCAGCUGCCGGGCAGCAAGUUCGAGCCGGUGGUGAGCGCCACACCGAAUCUGCACUGCCGGAUCACGGAGUUUGCGGGCACCAAGCAUGACGAGCACGACUUCUUCGAGAUGAAGAUCGAGUUCUUCGCGUACAAGGAGAAGCUGCUGCGCGAGGUACUGCACAUCGUCAGCUCGAGCAACGCCAAGGAGCUGCUGCAGCUGGUAAUCGCCGCCCGAGUCCUGGGCAAGGGCAAGGGCACGCCCAUGCUGCGCACCGGCAUCCAUUGCAUCGGCGUCGAGCGGGACGAGGAUGAGUCGGAGGCCUCCGAUUUUGCCGGCUUCGAAAGCAGCAAGCCCUAAUUCGUUUUCGUAGUUAAUUGCAGACAUAUUUACGUAGUUCUUAAGAGCAGCAAAGGCGAAAGUUGUAAGGCGUAACGUUAGUUAUCUACCUACAUAGCAAACAAUUGUGUAAAACUCAUUGAGCAUUUGCAUUUACAUUUAGUCCUCGGUAUCAGUUUCAGUUUCCGAUUCAGUUGCAGUUUCAGAUUCGUUUGUUGUACUUAAAAGUUUGUAAGCUAGCCGAGCAGGUUGCCAGGAAUAGGUGUACGUGAUGUAGCUUGACUUUUACAGACAGUUUUAUGACCCAUCCGCCUUGUGUUCUAUUUGAAACCCAUUUGCAUUUUGACUUUAAAAUAUGGCAUUCUAAAAGCUCUGCUUCGACAUUGAAGGGUUCUCAAGUCCACCAAGCAAUCACUUCUGCAUUUUCCCCUCUUAAAAAUAUAAUAACUUUAAAACAUUGACCUGAACUGCGAUAGAAAGAGUCAAUUUAUGAUUUCAUCUGGAGAAAUUGUUAACUUUUAAUGGUUUCGAAUUCCAUUCAUUGUACAUACAUAGAAUCAUACAUACUUAGAAGCACUCUACUCAAAGUAUUCUUGCAAUUUAAUUCAAAUAACCCCAAAAAACCCCACACAGACCAAGCUGCAAAUCAGUUUUUCUAAAUGUGUAUAGAAAUAUAAGUGGCGCCAAGUCCCAGAUGCAAUUUAUUGUGUGACCAAUGCGAGGUGCUCCUAACAUAAACCACAUUGAAGCAUUAACUCAAGAUAUAUCUAAUCCUUUUUGACUAAAGUUGGCCCACGAUUAGGGCCUUUUGAUAAUCUAUUCAAGUUGAUAAUAUUUUGCACUGACGAAUGUAUAAAAAUGGGCACCGUAAGCGUAACUAAUUAGAUUUUAUAAACCUAAAUCGAUCCGGAAACCCAACAAUUGGAGCUCAAUAUAACACGAUAUAUACUGUAUACAGUCUAAGUUUAUUAUCGAGUAGGCAUGCCGUUGUCAUGCCCCUAAUAAAAAUCCGUUAAACACA